UGGGAUGGGGGAUGCGAGCGCCAAGACCGCCUCGCGGCUUCCCGGAGGCGUGUCAGGUCGGGGCGGGGCCGGCCUGGGACCUGGAGGAGGAAGAGGGGCAGGUGCAGCCGGGAGCCGCCGAGCGGGCCGAGGAGGGCGACAGCGGGGUCCCCACUCCGCCGCGACCCUGCCCAACCUCCUCCCCUACCCCGGCGUGGGGUCUGAUUGUCUGUUUCCAGGCCCCCCGCGGGCCGGGGUGCUGGCGAGCCCCAGGGUGGACCAUGGCGGUGAGAUUCCAGGUGGCAGGCAUGGAGGAGCUGACCAUCUGGGAACAGCACACGGCCACACUCUGCAAGGACCCCCACCGAGGCUUCGGCAUCGCCAUCUCUGGAGGCCGGGACCGUCCCCGCGGGCCUGGGGGAGCUGUGGUCGUGUCUGACGUGGUCCCUGGCGGGCCGGCCGAGGGCAGGCUGCUGACGGGGGACCACAUUGUGAUGGUGAACGGCGUCUCCGUGGAAAGCGUCUCGUCCACCUUCGUCAUCCAGAUCCUCAGGACCUGCGCCAAGGUGGCCAACGUGACGGUGAAACGUCCCCGGAGAGUCCAGCUGCCGGCCACCAAGUCCAGCGCCCUCGGCCCAGGGCACCAGGGCUCGGAUGAGGAGAACGGGCCUCCGCGGCUGGAGGAGGCUGACCACGGCCAGGGCUAUGAGGGCGACUCGUCCAGUGGCUCUGGCCGCUCCGGGGGCGAGCGUUCCCGCCGGGCCAGGGCUGGCCGCCGCGGGCACAGGAGCCCGGGUGGGGGCUCCGAGGCCCACGGGCUGGCCCUGGUGUCCGGCUUUAAGCGGCUGCCACGGCAGGACGUGCUGAUGAGGCCCCUGAAAUCCGUCCUGGUGAAGAGGAAGAGCGGCGAGGAGUUCGGGGUCCGGCUGGGCAGCCGGAUCUUCAUCAAGCACAUCGCGGAGUCCGGCCUGGCCGCCCGGCACCGCGGGCUACAGGAAGGAGACCUGGUCUUACAGAUUAAUGGAGUGUCCAGUGAGAAUCUGUCCCUGAGCGACACCAGGCGGCUGAUCGAGAAGUCGGAAGGGAAGCUAACUCUGCUGGUGCUCAGGGAUCAGGGGCAGUUCCUGGUGAACAUCCCUCCUGCCGUCAGUGACAGCGACAGCUCCGUCCUGGAGGACAUCUCGGACCUCACCUCAGAGUUGUCACAGGCGCCACCAUCUCACGUCCCACCGCCACCGCGUCAGGGGCCCAGGCAGCAGAGCCCGGAGGCCAGCGCAGCCGCCUCCCCCGUGGAGAGCCCCCAGCUUGGGCGGGAAAGGUCGGUGGACUCCAGAACCUUUUCAGAAGGAGACUCGCCCAGGGAGAGCAGCUGUGACGUUCACAGGGCGCCCAGUGGCCAGAGCCUGGAGGACCGCGGGUACAGCCCGGACACGCGGGUGGUCCGCUUCCCCAAGGGCGCGAGCAUUGGGCUGAGGCUGGCCGGGGGCAACGACGUGGGCAUCUUUGUGUCGGGGGUGCAGGCGGGCAGCCCCGCUGACGGGCAGGACAUCCAGGAGGGAGACCAGAUCCUGCAGGUGAACGGCACGUCGUUCCGGAGCCUGACGCGCGAGGAGGCUGUGGGGUUUCUGUUGGGGCUGCCACCGGGCGAGGACGUGGAGCUGCUGAUGCAGCGGAAGCAGGACAUCUUCCAGAAGAUGGUGCAGUCCCGCCUGGGCGACUCCUUCUAUGUCCGCACGCACUUCGAGCUGGAGCCCAGCCCGCCCUCGGGCCUGGGCUUCACGCGGGGCGACGUCUUCCACGUGGUGGACACGCUCUACCCGGGCCCCGGGCCCGGUCACCGGGGAGGCCACUGGCUGGCGGCGCGCAUGGGCCGCGACCUUCGGGAGCAGGAGCGGGGACUCAUCCCCAGCCAGAGCAGGGCGGAGCAGCUGGCCAGCCUGGAGGCCGCGCAGCGGGCGGUGGGCCUGGGGCCCGGCUCCUCCGGGGGCUCCAACGCGCGCGCUGAGUUCUGGCGGCUGCGGGGUCUCCGUCGAGGAGCCAAGAGGACGACUCAGCGCAGCCGCGAGGACCUGUCCGCCCUGACCAGGCAGGGCCGCUACCCGCCCUACGAGCGCGUGGCGCUGCGAGAAGCGAGUUUCAAGCGCCCAGUGGUGAUCCUGGGACCCGUGGCAGACAUAGCUAUGCAGAAAUUGACAGCGGACAUGCCUGAUCAGUUUGAAAUCGCAGAGAGCAUGUCCAGGACCGACAGUCCCAGCAAGAUCAUCAAACUGGACACCGUGCGGGUGAUCGCCGAGAAAGACAAGCACGCGCUCCUGGAUGUGACGCCCUCGGCCAUCGAGCGCCUCAACUACGUGCAGUACUACCCCAUCGUGAUCUUCUGCUCCCCGGAGAGCCGGGCGGCCCUCAAGGCCCUGCGCGAGUGGCUGGCACCUGCCUCCCGCCGCAGUUCCCGCCGCCUGUACACACAGGCGCAGAAGCUGCGGAAGCACAGUGGCCACCUCUUCACGGCCACCGUCGCCCUGAAUGGCACAAGUGACUCCUGGUACCAGGAGCUCAAGGCCAUCGUCCAGGAGCAGCAGACCCGGCCCAUUUGGACGGCCGAGGACCAGGUGCCGGGGCGAGCCCAGCAGGCGCAGGACCACCUGGACCUGCCUGGCCUCAGCCUGGCCGACAGUGCCGCCGACCUCAGCUGUGACAGCCGAGCAAACAGCGACUACGAGGACACGGACGGGGAGGGCGGGCCCCUCACGGACCUGGACGAGGGGCCCCAGGCCCUGGCCCUGGCCCGGUCCUCAGAGCCUGUGCAGCUGGACGAGCCCCUGAGCCCCAGGGACUGUGGGGGGCUCCCAGCUCACCAGGGCUCCCAGGUGGACAGCAGUCGCCCCCAGGGCCAGUGGCGACAGGAUAGCAUGAGGACAUACGAACGGGAAGCCCUACGGAAAAAGUUCACUAGAGCCCGAGAUGUGGACUCCUCCGACGAGGACGGCUACGACUGGGGCCCGGCCACAGACCUGUGACCGCCCAGGCGCCUCCUCCCUACAGCCGAUCCCCUGCAGCACCUGGAACCGGCUCCCGGGAGCUGGCGAACAGGAUUUUUCUGGUUCCUAGUGACUUCUGGGAAGGACGGGGGGUGAGAGGGUGGGCCACACCUUCCUCUCUCGGCCCCACAGAUCCUGAUCCAAAACUCUGCCCAUUCAAUAAACCUUUAAUUUUUUACAUU